AUGGAGAUUGAUUGGUGCGUCUGUGGUAAAAGAGUCUAUGAUUCCAAUGACUAUUAUUGCUCGAAUGAAUGCGCAUCUGCCGAGAAUUCUUCAAGCACGAUUAAAUCUCUAUCGAUAAAUUCAAACUUUACCUCACCACAAGCUCCCCCGAAUAAUCUGCACUUUUCUAUCACGAUCACCUCGAAUGUUUAUAAGGCUUCGGAUUAUAAUUCCAAGGUUUUGUCCCCUCCCCAGUCGGUAGCUUCCUCUUACACCGAUUCAAAUGUGUCAUCAUCAUUUACAAGCAUCAGCACGUUCGAUCAAGAAUUCGACGAUUACAUUUACACUUAUCGUAAUCCAGAGAGUAAGGCAGACAUGAUUGAUGACGAUUACUACACUUCGUAUUACUCCACCAGUAAUCCGAUUGAUAUCCCAAGCCCAAGAACUCAAGCUGCGAAUGAUCACGCAUUGGAACCUAUCAACAAAGGGACCUUUGGCGAGAAGAAAAGUUUUUUCUAA